AUGGAACCGGUCUUCUGGGGGUCGUCUGCAGAUGGGACCAGUCUUCUGGGGGUCGUCUGCAGAUGGAACCGGUCUUCUGGGGGUUGUCUGCAGAUGGGACCAGUCUUUGUGGGGUCGUCUGCAGAUGGGACCAGUCUUCUGGGGGUCGUCUGCAGAUGGGACCAGUCUUCUGGGGGUCGUCUGCAGAUGGGACCAGUCUUCUGGGGGUCGUCUGCAGAUGGAACCGGUCUUCUGGGGGUUGUCUGCAGAUGGGACCAGUCUUUGUGGGGUCGUCUGCAGAUGGGACCAGUCUUCGUGGGGUUGUCUGCAGAUGGGACCAGUCUUCUGGGGGUCGUCUGCAGAUGGGACCAGUCUUCUGGGGGUCGUCUGCAGAUGGGACCAGUCUUCUGGGGGUCGUCUGCAGAUGGAACCGGUCUUCUGGGGGUUGUCUGCAGAUGGGACCAGUCUUUGUGGGGUCGUCUGCAGAUGGGACCAGUCUUCGUGGGGUUGUCUGCAGAUGGGACCAGUCUUCUGGGGGUCGUCUGCAGAUGGGACCAGUCUUCUGGGGGUCGUCUGCAGAUGGGACCAGUCUUCUGGGGGUCGUCUGCAGAUGGAACCGGAAUUCUGGGGGUCGUCUGCAGAUGGGACCGUUCUUCUGGGGGUUGUCUGCAGAUGGGACCGGUCUUCUGGGGGUUGUCUGCAGAUGGGACCAGUCUUUGUGGGGUCGUCUGCAGAUGGGACCAGUCUUCGUGGGGUUGUCUGCAGAUGGGACCAGUCUUCUGGGGGUCGUCUGCAGAUGGGACCAGUCUUCUGGGGGUCGUCUGCAGAUGGGACCAGUCUUCUGGGGGUUGUCUGCAGAUGGGACCGGUCUUCUGGGGGUUGUCUGCAGAUGGGACCAGUCUUCUGGGGGUCGUCUGCAGAUGGGACCAGUCUUCUGGGGGUCAGCCGGAGCACCGUGCCGUAGACCCCUGCCACAGUCCCACCAGGAAGUGCCGCAGUGAUGGAUCAGUCCUGGACGCAGACCGAUGCCGUGGACCUUCUCUGGAGCCGAGCGCUGUCCUUUUGUCCAGUCUGAUGGAUGCUGCGCCCGCCACGAUGGAUGAGGCCCGAGUGACAGGACGCCAUCUGUCAGAGCGGACCCCCAGAGCGGACCCCCAGCCGAGAGGUCUCCUGCCCCUCUGCUCAUCACUCACCGGCACUUUACUCAUCCAGCCCAUUAUUAUAAAGUCACUGCAGAACACGCGACGACAACUACAGGGGGUCUCGAUCCAACUACAGGGGGUCUACAGGGGGUCUCGAUCCAACACAGGGGGUCUCGAUCCAACUACAGGGGGUCUUGAUCCAACACAGGGGGUCUCGAUCCAGCUACAGGGGGUCUCGAUCCAACACAGGGGGUCUCGAUCCAACUACAGGGGGUCUCGAUCCAACUACAGGGGGUCUCGAUCCAACACAGGGGGUCUCGAUCCAACUACAGGGGGUCUCGAUCCAACUACAGGGGGUCUUGAUCCAACACAGGGGGUCUCGAUCCAGCUACAGGGGGUCUCGAUCCAACACAGGGGGUCUCGAUCCAACUACAGGGGGUCUCGAUCCAACUACAGGGGGUCUCGAUCCAACACAGGGGGUCUCGAUCCAACUACAGGGGGUCUCGAUCCAACACAGGGGGUCUCGAUCCAACACAGGGGGUCUCGAUCCAACUACAGGGGGUCUCGAUCCAACUACAGGGGGUCUCGAUCCAACACAGGGGGUCUCGAUCCAACUACAGGGGGUCUCGAUCCAACACAGGGGGUCUCGAUCCAACUACAGGGGGUCUCGAUCCAACUACAGGGGGUCUCGAUCCAACUACAGGGGGUCUCGAUCCAACUACAGGGGGUCUCGAUCCAACUACAGGGGGUCUCGAUCCAACACAGGGGGUCUCGAUCCAACUACAGGGGGUCUCGAUCCAACUACAGGGGGUCUCGAUCCAACUACAGGGGGUCUCGAUCCAACACAACUGAAUCUCACAUCCCCCACUCGCCGCCCGCCACUUUCUGCUCGCCGUCCGCCACUCGCCGUCCGCCACUCGCCGUCCGCCACUCGCCGUCCGCCACUCGCCGUCCGCCACUUGCCGCCCGCCACUUUCUGCUCGCCGUCCGCCACUCGCCGCCCGCCACUUUCUGCUCGCCGUCCGCCACUCGCCGUCCGCCACUCGCCGUCCGCCACUCGCCGUCCGCCACUCGCCGUCCGCCACUUGCCGCCCGCCACUUUCUGCUCGCCGCCCGCCACUCGCCGCCCGCCACUUUCUGCUCGCCGUCCGCCACUCGCCGUCCGCCACUCGCCGUCCGCCACUCGCCGUCCGCCACUCGCCGUCCGCUACUCGCCGUCCGCCACUCGCCGUCCGCCACUCGCCACUCGCCGUCCGCCACUCGCCGUCCGCCACUCGCCGUCCGCCACUCGCCGUCCGCCACUCGCCGUCCGCCACUCGCCGUCCGCCACUCGCCGUCCGCCACUCGCCGUCCGCCACUCGCCGUCCGCCACUCGCCGCCCGCCACUUUCUGCUCGCCGCCCGCCACUCGCCGCCCGCCACUUUCUGCUCGCCGUCCGCCACUCGCCGUCCGCCACUCGCCGUCCGCCACUCGCCGUCCGCCACUCGCCGUCCGCUACUCGCCGUCCGCCACUCGCCGUCCGCCACUCGCCGUCCGCCACUCGCCGUCCGCUACUCGCCGUCCGCCACUCGCCGUCCGCCACUCGCCGCCCGCCCACAGAACAGCUCCAUGUUGUGUGUCAGUUGGGCUCGGUUUGGACUGGCCCUGGAGUAGGAUGUUGAGAUCCAAUUACUUUACCCCGGACGGAAAACUCUCUCAGACUCCGUGGGUUCAGGUUAAAUAUGCUGCUUUUGUUGUUGUGAAAGUGUCGCUAAAAUGA